UAUUUCUACGCUCCCGCCUCGUUACGUUCGUAAGUGUCAAACAUCCCCACUCUUGUGAAACACACGGUUGCUACACACACGAAUUUACAAUUUUGAAUAAUAGAUAGUGACUAACAGCAGGUGAAACUGUUAUGCUAAUUGAAAGGAAUUGUCGAAUUAACUUGAUUUCCUUUGGCGAAAAUUGGGAACAUUUUGGAAUAAGUGAACUUUGCGAGUCGUUCGGUACAUAACCAAAAAGUGAAGUGUCAUUGUAGGUAUACAGGAUUUUGUUUACAGUGUGUUCCUUAAUUGUCAUGCUAUUAAUUAUGCAUAGUAUUCAAACCGUUAGAAAAAAACUUAAUUUUCUACUCGGCUACGUAUAUUAAUUAACGUGGUGCAAUGGAAAAACAACGAGUUUUAAGGAUUUAUUGGAAUAUACACUGACACGGAACUAGAAGACUGAAAAUGAUUGCCUUAAAAAAGGUUUAUCGCAGUGACUUGUUACAGUUCGCCUUACUCCUAAGUUUGCUAAGGGUAAACCCGGACAGCUACUUAGAAGGUGAUCUGUUUAAUAACAUUAGUGACUUGGACUUUGACAACGGCACCAGUUGGAGAUUAUUUACCACAGGCCCAUUAAGAACUCAUUACAUUCAUCCUAAGAACCUAGAUUCCGCUCUUGUCCACUACGAACGUGAAUUAUUUGAGGAUCUAAACUCCCUCGGACAAUAUAACCCUCUAAAUACAGUCUACAGGCAUCAGAAUGUCACCGCUUACUUAUUAAGUGUUAAUCGUUCGACUGCACUAAAUGUGGAUGCCGUGUCAAACACCAAUGAUCAGCAUACGUUGGAGCCGAAUUUGUCGCAAGCAUCUGCAGAACUGAGUCCUCUUGUUGGCGAAGAGGGACCAUCCACAACACUCUUUGAUGAUAUCGGUCUUACUCAGGAGGAUAUGGAUCUCAUAGAAGUGCUGUGGAAGCAGGAUGUCGACCUAGGGUUUUCAUUGCAAGCGACCGAAUCAGCCAUCGGCAUCAAACCGGAUUCCGGUCUCCAGCAGAAUUCGACCGGCCCGGCAACGUCGACCGUUGACAACGACGAAAUCGAAAAGCUCAAGACACUGAAAGCUGUAAAUCGCGAGGCGAUUAAGGAGGAGAUCGAUGCGAAUGCAGAACCGGAGGGCUGGAGUGAUCUUAAUUACACGAUAGAUACUGAAACAGGUGAAUAUGUGAUAAAGACAGAAGUAGAACGGCCACUGUCUGUCGAAAGUGUUGAACCUACGUGCGACUUAUCACUCGGUGACUUGUCGCUACCGCUGCCAGAAUUUCUGUUGGAAGAAGCUCUUCAACUCGUUGGGUUGGAUGACGAAGUACCUCAAGAAGGCGUUAAUAUUAGAAACAUUUCGAUAUCUCCCGAAGCAAAUUUUUUACCAUCAACUCAAGAAGUCGAUACCACCGGAUCGUCUCUGGUUUCUUUACCAGAAGCUAGUCCGGCAGGACCUGUAGGCACCGAUACAGAUACCAACGCGGCAUUAGAAAAUUCGACGGCCAAUUUAAUCAAAGAUCUUGAGACGGACGACGAUUUCAAUAUCUUCUCCGAGAUGAUACAAACUCCCCAAUUUCAUCACUCGCACCACCGAGCCUUUCAGAGCCGUAUGCCAAUUGUUCGCGCAGUGAGCAUGGAACAAAGAUGGCAGGACUUGGCUAGUUUGCUAAGUUUACAAAAUGCCAGCGAAGCUACCGCAAUGCCGCAUCCUUUUAGCCACCAUCCCUUGCACAACUACAGUCAUCCGCACUCUCAUAGUAUGGGUUAUGGACCAGACGCGCGUGGAGUUCUCCUCCACAAUGCCACUUUAACACCACCUAUGGGUGAUUUAAAUGCUAGUGCACCUUACAGCAAUAUGGGUGGCACGAAUUUGGGAAACGCAGUUGCUACGUCCAUGAACCUCACUAACAGUAGCGAACCCAUGGAUGGACCUAAUCCGGGAACGCAUUACAAAAUUGAACCCACGCACGAUAUGAUGUACUAUCAGAACGGUUCAUCUGAGAUGAAUCAAAACGACGGUUUCUUAUCGUCCAUUUUGAACGAUGAAGACUUGCAACUGAUGGAUAUGGCAAUGAAUGAGGGUAUGUACACCAUGCGCAUGUUAGACAGCAACAACGCAUUGAGCAACUUAUCUAUAAGUGGAGCUCACAAUUCGACUAUGUCACAAGCCGAAGUUGAACGUAUUGAUACAUCAAGUGAUAGUGCGGUUAGCUCAAUGGGAUCAGAACGAGUGCCUUCGCUAUCUGAUGGCGAAUGGUGUGACGCCGGUUCUGAUUCCGGCCAUACGACUGGAGAUCCUUAUGUUGUGGAUUAUCACUCGACCUCGAAAUAUAGACCAUACGAUUACAGUUAUGCUAGCCGUCAACACAGUAGCGCAUUAGGAGGAUCCGAAACGGUUCGAAUGCCACAGGUUGCUCAGAAAAAGCACCAAAUGUUUGGAAAGCGUUGCUUUCAAGAACAAAAUGUACCGGUCAUCAUUGGUCACCCGACAAACCCCAAGUAUUUCCAUGACACUCCAACAUCUUCGUUUAGUGCGCCGUCCCAAAGCGAAGGUGCGGUUGGCUCCAAAAUUCCCGAAAUGAAGUAUUCGUGCAGUAUGGAGCUGAGUCGACAUAAUUCGAUUGGAAGAAGUCCGAUCUCUCACAUUCAGCACAACCACACAUAUCACCUUCCUGUUGAAAACACGGGUGCUAUGCAAAGGCCAGUUUCGCGCGAUAAGACAAAAUCGCGCAAGUCGGAAGAUGAGCACUUGAGUCGCGAUGAAAAAAGAGCGCGUGCUCUUAACGUGCCUAUUAGCGUUAAUGAUAUAAUUAAUCUUCCGAUGGAUGAGUUUAAUGAGAGACUUUCUAAGUACGACUUAAGUGAAACUCAAUUGAGUCUAAUUCGUGACAUCCGACGACGUGGAAAAAAUAAGGUUGCAGCUCAAAACUGUCGAAAACGAAAAUUAGACCAAAUCCUGAGUUUAGCCGAUGAGGUGAAGGACAUUCGCGAUCGCAAACUUCGCAUGCUAAGCGAACAAGAUUUCAUUUUGGCCGAGCGUCAGAGAAUUAAAGACAAAUACCAGCAGCUUUACAGACACGUAUUUCAGAAUUUGCGGGAUCCCGACGGCAACCCUUACUCGCCGUAUCAAUACAGUCUGCAAACAUCGGCCGAUGGGUCUAUCUUGAUCGUUCCGAAGGCGAACAACAGCUUACUAAAUCCGGACAGAAAAGAUCCGCCGCACCAACACAAGGAAUGAUUAGUUUUAAUUUUUUAUAUGACUGAACACAAAAAGUAUCUCUUUAAAAUUAUAAUUUUAAGUAAAGAUGCUGUCAUAAUUUCUCAGUUUUGACCCUGUGGUUGUCAAAUUGUUUUCUAAUUUAUUUUUUGUAUUAUAGAUAUUUAGAGUAAAUUUAAUUAUAGAAAAAGUGGUUAACAAGGUGGCUUAAAACUAAGUUAAAAGGUAAAUAUAUUAUUCUUUUAAUGGUGAACUACCCAGUGAAAUAGUGGAUUGACGAUUUUGACUAAAGGCUAUACCUAAUUACAAAUUAAUGUAGAAGUAAGUAGUCAAAAAUUUGCAUAGAAUUUACUCAUUCCCAUUCGUGAUGUGAUUAAUAUAAACGCUUUUUAGUUAUGGAUCAAACAUUUUAAAAUAAAGUAUCAUUCGUGCUUCUAAUCUCAAGGUUUUGACAUUUUUGAAAUGCAGUCUGUUAACAUAGGCACCUGCAUUUCAAAAAUGGAACCACUUUGCGUUGUUGUAGCAAUACGUUACUAUUGUUUCAACAACUAUAUAAUUAUACCCUAAAUGCCUAAAUGAAGUGAACAACUUUCUUAUGUGCUCGAAUCUCUAAAUGUCAUCAGUUUCGUAAGAUAAAUAACUUCCUAAUGUGCAAAUAAUCAAAUAGUUGUUAGGGUUAAUGUAACUAGUUUAGGGUUGAGUGGAAGAGCAAUCAUGAAUAUUACAUUUACAACUGAACUCCGCCCAUAGGCAAUGCCUGUUAGAGAAUUGUAUAUUUUUAACUUACCAAGCCUGUUGCGUAAUAAAGUCUGAUUAUUAAUAUAGUAGAAAUCCCACGAUUAUCAUAUGGAAUGAUGACAAAUCAAUUUUUACGAAAAACCACGCAUAAAUCUAAUUAUUGAUAACGAUAAUUUUGAUUUUUUAUAAUUUUAUAAUUGAUGUUUAAGCGACAAUUUCUAGUCAAAUGGUUCUCAUUGAUCCCCUUUUUGGUAUUUAGGGUAUUAAUUAUAUUGAAACUGUUUUGAGAUCACAUUUACCUUUGUAUUAUUUUGUAUUCCAACAUGCGUGGCUGCUAAGCGUUUGCACAUGACUUUGUCUUACAAAUGUGGUUUUUUCUAGAGAUGUAGUAUUGAAUAGUCGGAACGCUUGUGGCCGUAUAUGUAACACAGUUGUUUGGUAAACAAAACAAUACACAGGCAUUACACAGGAUUCCUCCUACACUGAAAAUAAGGAGACAAAAAGUUUAAGUGUAAUUGUCCUGUACAUGUAUGAUGGUUUUAAAAGUACUUAGUAGUAUAGCGCGACCAUUGUUUUUGUUUUAGCAGCGAUUUUUUGUUUUUGACAUAUUUAGGAACAACAUCUAAGGAAUCUAUUUUUAUAAGAUACUAAACCAAUUUCAGGUGAUAUUAUGCCUUUUUUUCUUGUAAAUAAAUAUAGUAGACGAGUG